AGAUUUGCUGAAAUCCUUCUUCCCCCCAAAAAUGGGGCAGCAUGAAGAUACCACUAUCCAGUGAUCGCAGACAGUAAUUGGCAAUAAACGCCCAAUUAAGCUGCAGUUAUUUGUAGAACCAAUUGUCACAUCUUCGCAGAGUCUCAGAAGCUCGGUACUAUAAGGAAAGAUCUAAUCAGAGCAAGCGAUAGCCACGCUUCUUGCGGCCUUUCUUCCCCUUUGUAGUUCAGAGAAAGAGACUCCAAUUCCCGUCAUGCAGUACGGGAGGGACCGGAGCCGGAAGCGCUGGCUAUUCUGCCGUCCGCCCCGCGGAUGGGCGGGAGCGCCGGAGGAGCGGCGGCUGUCGGGGCGUCGCGAAGGAAGAGGCGGCUGCACCGGUGGCAAUCCAGGCCGAGCGGCCCGGAGGGGGGAAGGUGUCCAGGGCUGGAGCCGCUCCCAUCCCCCCGUGCUGCGGGGCAAGAUGCCCCGCCGGAAGCAGCCCCACCCGCAGCCCGGCAAAGUGGACGUUCCAGGUGCUCCGGCCGAGCCGUCAAGAGAGGAGAGCCCGGCGCCGCAAGCCAGCUUCCUCUUAAAGCAGGAGCUGUCCCUGUCCCUGGAGGACGAGGAGGAGAGCAGUGCCCCGAUUCUGGCCUUCGAAAAGGACUCAGAAGACUCCCUCGGGGGGACACCUGGACUGCCAGCUUACACGCUGAGUGACGAGGAUCUCCCGUCUCUGUGCCAGGCCCAGGACGAAGAUGGAGAGAAUGAAGGGCCAGGCCGGGCUUGCCAGCACUGUGGCCUGCCUAGUCCUGGUUCUACUCCCUGCUGCCCCUCUGAGGUAGGGGAUGAGGAAGGCUCCCCUAAGGGGCGUGUAGUCUUUUCCUGCCAACUGUGCCCCUUCGCCUCACACUACUCCAGCCACCUCAAGCGGCACAUGAAGACUCACAAUGGCGAGAAACCUUACCGCUGUCCACAUUGCCCGUAUGCCUCGGCUCAGCUGGUUAACCUGACACGCCAUUUGCGAACCCACACUGGUGAGAAGCCCUACCACUGCCCCACCUGCCCCUUCGCUUGCAGCAGCCUUGGCAACCUCAAGAGACACCAGCGGGUCCAUGGCCAGGAACGUCCAGUGCGCUGUAGCUCCUGCAGCUGCCACUGUGUCCAGGGGAAUUCCCUCCAGCAUCACAGCGCGGGGAUCCAGGGGGAGUCGGAGGCAGAAAUGGAGGGACCACCCAUUGCAGAUCAGGAGACAGAGCCACCACCAUUGCUGCCUAGCUCCCCAUUCCUGCAGGCAGAAGACUCUAAUACGGUUCUUCCCGAGCUGCUCUUCCCGUUCACGUGCAGGGCAUGUGGAUUGGUGCUACAAGCUGAUGAAGGCUUGGGUGAGCCAGUGUGUGGGCGUUGCAGCUUGGCAGUGCUGGGGGCUGAACCAGCCUCACCAAAAGGCUUCUCCUGCCAAUUAUGCCCUUUUAUUACCACCUAUCCUAACCACCUGGCCCGCCAUAUGAAGACACACAGCGGAGAGAAGCCCUUUGCCUGUGCUCUCUGCCCAUAUGCCUCAGCCCAUCUGGACAACCUCAAGCGGCACCAGCGGGUGCACACUGGUGAGAAGCCCUACAAGUGCCCCCUGUGCCCUUAUGCCUGUGGCAAUCUUGCCAACCUCAAGCGCCAUGGACGCAUCCAUUCGGGAGACAAGCCUUUCCGCUGCCGUCUCUGCCCAUAUUCAUGCAACCAGAGCAUGAACCUCAAGCGCCACAUGCUGAGGCACACAGGUGAAAAGCCUUUUCAGUGCCGCAUCUGCCCCUACACUACUGGCCACUGGGACAAUUACAAGCGUCACCAGAAGGUGCACGGGCAGGGCCUGGCAGAGGAAGGAGGGCCUGGCCCAGACAGUAGCCUGACCUAAUGAUGUUGGAAGACUCCUCGGGCUUCUGAGCUCUCAUUAUAGUUGCCUGCUGUCAAGCCUAUGUAAAAGAUUGACUGGGAUGUGCAGGAGAAGGAGCUGUAUGUACCUGCAGGAGCAGCAGCACCCCUUUGCUUUUAAGAAAGGGUUAUUUCCUUUGCCGAAAAGCACCUCAGGGCCAUGCCCUAUCCAACGCUUCUGUGCAUAGGAAGAAAAGGGCAUCUGCUCUCCAGACCGUUCUCUGAAACUGUUGCUCUGUGGGACAGCUGAAGCCUGCAGAGAGGAGCUCCUUUGUCCUCUUUUGUCCUUUUUGUGCCUCCCCUCUCUAGUCCUUUAAUUGUGGUUGCUGCUUGAAUCUGUGUAAUUUAUAUGGUGUAUUAAUGCAUUAAACUG